GUUGAGCACAGGGCACGUCGCCAAAGUCAGCGCUCCGGCUGGGUGACUACCACCUUGGUCAUUUUUGAAUUGCCAGCUUUCGACCAUGACCAGCGCCGUCGCCACCUCGGACAACGUGUGCAAGUACUCAUACAAAAAGUGCUUGAAUCCUCGCACGACCAAGCGCAAUGGAACGCUGCACUCGUUGUGCGAGUUCCAUCGCAUCAAAGCCAACACCCUCCAGCAGAUUUACGCCAAGAAGAAGAAGGAUGCGGCGCUCCUGAUGGAAGGGUCCACGACAGCCAACGCCAUGUACGACAGUGAAGUCGACGUCGACAUGGAAGAGCUCUUCGUCGGCGAUCACGAGAACCUGCCGUGGCCGAUCGCGUUCGACUAUUCCAAGCCCCACUUUAUGACGGAAGAGGACUGUAAAAUUCUCCAGGAACUGCUGUGACCGACCUCGUGGCGUCGACAACUAAUUUAACUGCAUUUGCUACCCC